UGUCAAAUCUUAUAUUGUUAUAAAACGGUGUGAAAUGUAAUCGACCAACAGACCCAAUUAGAUUAUUUUCAAUAUUUUCAUUUGUUGAAAAAUAAAAAAACCAUUCAACAAGAUGAGUAUAAAAGAUGUAGUUGCCGAAUUGACAUCAAAUAAUCUAUUUACAGCUGGAUUUGGUUUGUUCGGUGUUGGAGCUGGUGCUGCGCUAUUGCGGAAAGGAAUGCAAGGCGCAUUCAUUUUGUUUCGCCGUCAUUAUAUGAUAACAUUGGAAGUUCCGUGCCGUGAUAAAUCAUAUCAAUGGUUAUUGCAGUGGAUAUCACAGAAAGGUGCACGAAAAACACAGCACUUGAGCGUUGAAACAUCAUUUGUUCAGAGAGACACUGGUCAUGUUAGCACACAAUAUUCAUUUAUUCCAAGCAUUGGAACACACGUCAUGUUUUAUCGAGGUCAUUUGAUUCGAGUAGAACGAACAAGACAACAAGCAACACUUGACAUUCAAAUGGGCAUACCAUUUGAAACGGUUGAAUUGACCGCAUUUGGACGAGAUCGUAGCAUCUAUUUUAAUAUGCUGGAGGAAGCACGUGAAAUGGCACUUAAAUUUACCGAAGGAAAAACACUUUUGUAUACAGCACUUGGUCCCGAAUGGCGACAAUUUGGUCAGCCAAGAAAACGAAGACCAAUCUCAUCGGUUGUGCUCGGUGAAAAUAUAACCGACCGAAUUUUGGCCGAUUGUCGUGAUUUCAUCAGCAAUCCAAAAUGGUAUUCAGAUAGAGGAAUUCCAUAUCGUAGAGGCUACUUAUUAUAUGGACCACCUGGAUGUGGUAAAUCAUCAUUCAUCACUGCUUUGGCCGGUGAAUUGGAGUUUAGUAUAUGUUUAUUGAAUUUAAGUGAACGUGGUUUAACCGACGAUCGUCUAAAUCAAUUACUUAAUAAUGCACCCGAACGAUCAAUUAUUCUGUUAGAAGACAUUGAUGCAGCAUUUGUGUCACGUGAAGAGUCCUCGGCACAGCACGCUGCAUUCGAAGGUUUGAAUCGCGUCACAUUCAGUGGACUGUUAAAUUGUUUGGAUGGUGUUGCAUCAACCGAAGCACGAAUCGUAUUUAUGACCACCAAUUAUUUGGAGCGAUUAGAUCCAGCAUUGAUUCGACCGGGUCGUAUUGACUUUAAAGAAUACAUUGGAUUCUGUGAUCGUUAUCAAUUAGAGGAGAUGUUCAAACGUUUCUAUACCAUAAACAAUACGGAUCAAGAAGAACCACAAACGCAACAAACACUACACAAACAAUUUGCUGAAGCUGUUUUAGCCGUUGGCAAAUCAGCAAGUCCAGCUCAAAUUCAAGGAUAUUUUAUGAUGCACAAACUAUCGAAACAAGAAGAAGUGAUCGCCAAUGUUCGACAAAUAUGGGAUCCAUAAUUUAUUGUUUAUUUUAUUUUACUUUUUCUAUUUUUCAAAUAGAAAACAUUUUGUAUAGAAAAUGUAGACACUUGAGACCAAAUAAAUUAUUGUAAUUGUAUAACCUCAAAA